GAAUGUAUAACCGCCGUAAGUAUUUUUCUUCUAUUAAUUUCUGCGCUGAUGCCAAUGCAAUACAGUUAAGCAGAGUUGAAUGCCACACUAACUUUCACGCUCUCCUACUUCUCAUGCUUUCACCCACCCACUCUUCUACUUCUACAAUGCUCAAGUUCCUCAACCGGAGCCUCCGCCGCCUCUGCUCCCGUCUCCGAUGGCCCCGUCGCCGGAGAAUCAGACCUAGGGUAGUCAUCAUCAAGAAGUUUGGAAAAACCACCUCCAAAACUAAGUCUAAUCCCAACAAAAGCAUCGACUCCUUCGUCAAUGCGUCGUCGCCGUCAGCUGUUCAUCCCAAUUCUCAAUUUCACGGUCUUAAUACACAGAGACCCAUACGAAUUGCAACAUUCAAUGCCGCCUCCUUCUCCAUGGCACCUGCUGUUCCUGAAAAAUCCAAUUCCUCUGCUAAAUUCCGCCGAAGUUUAGAUUCAAAUUCACGGACAAAAUCCGUAAAUGAUCGUCCCAAAAGCAUUUUGAAACAAUCUCCAUUGCAUACCAAUUCCAUGAAUGGAGUUGAAAAUCAUAACCUCGCGAAAGCCAAGCCGCGGGUUUCGAUUAACCUGCCUGAUAACGAAAUAUCUUUACUAAGAAAUCGACAAGCGAGCUUUUCUGAGUAUGAAAUGGAGGAGAAUUUUUCUUCUUCAGGUAAUGACAGGAAGGCGAUGCGGAGAGCUAAGAGUGAAACUCCUCUGAGAUGGACUGUAAGCAUGCCAUCGGAGCGGGAGAAUGGCCGGGAGAGUUACAGAUGCAGUAGGACGAUUGUGGAGGUUCUUAGAGAGUUGGAUGCUGAUAUAUUGGCGUUGCAAGAUGUGAAGGCGGAGGAAGAGAAAGAGAUGAGACCGCUUUCGGAUUUGGCAGAUGCUUUAGGAAUGAAGUACGUUUUUGCAGAGAGCUGGGCGCCGGAGUACGGAAAUGCGGUCUUGUCGAGGUGGCCCAUCAAACGUUGGAAAGCCGAGAAGAUCUUCGACGACACUGAUUUCAGGAAUGUGUUAAAAGUGACCAUUGAUGUGGAAGAAGUAGGAGAGGUAAAUGUGCAGUGUACCAAUUUGGAUCAUCUGGACGAGAAUUGGAGAAUGAAACAGAUAAAAUCCAUAAUCCGAUCAACCAACAACGAACCCCACAUCUUAUUAGGAGGCCUCAAUUCUCUGGACCCCACGGAUUACUCUGAAGAAAGGUGGAUGGACAUUGUGAAGUAUUACGAAGAGAUUGGAAAGCCAACUCCGGAAGCUAAAGUCACCAAGUUCUUAAAAAGCAGUAUGCAAUAUAGGGAUGCAAAAGAGUUUGGAGGAGAAUGCGAGUCGGUGGUGAUGAUCGCCAAAGGACAAAGUGUUCAAGGGACAUGCAAGUACGGAACUCGGGUGGACUACAUAUUGGCCUCCCCCGACGCAGAUUACGAGUUUGUACAAGGAUCCUACUCUGUCCUUUCUUCCAAAGGAACCUCCGAUCAUCACAUUGUCAAGGUCGAUUUCCUCAAAUUGCCUCCUCAUCCUCCACAGCCUCGGCCUCAAACUCAACUCCAUUCACAUUCCCUUUCCCCUUGGAAGAGAUGGACAUGAAGUAACGAUCAACACACUCACCACUCCCUUUUCAUCUUUCAUUUAUUCAACUUUUGUACUUCUAUUUACACACUCAUUUAGGAAUCAAACUCAUUCCUUUUGUGUUGUCUGUAACCAAAUAUAAGCUCCAUUAUGAAGUUGAUCAGUC